UCUGAAUUUCUUUUUCGCAAUCUGUAAUUUGUUCUCUCUUUUACGUCUCUCCCUCUGUGCUGUUUCUUCCAACCCGACUCUCGUCUUUUUCACUGAAAUCCGCUAUUUUCUAUUCCCAAUUCGUUUCAAAUUUCUCGCCUUUUUUAUUCUGGGUUUAACCGGAUCAAUUGAGUUGAAGAUUCCACCAGAAAGAAAGUUCUGAUCUUGCUCCCUGCUGGAGGGAAAAUUUUCCCGGGAAAAAAAAAAUUAUGCUUUGGGGCAUCGGCAGAGAGGAGGAGGAUUCAGAAAUUAGUUGAAGGAGUGGGAUAAGGGAAGCAGGCGAAUGAAGUAUCAGGAUCUCUUGUCUCAUUGCUACAACCUGCUGGGAUAUUAUCCUCCGAUAUGGGCGUCCACGCUCGCCGGUGCUUUAAUGGCGGUCAGCCUCUCAUUGUCUUGUUACCUCCUCUUCGAACACCUCUCUGCUUACAAGAACCCUGAGGAACAGAAGUUUCUGAUUGGAGUAAUUCUCAUGGUUCCUUGUUAUGCCAUCGAAUCUUUUAUAUCGUUGGUGCAUCCAUCAAUCAGUGUUGAUGUUGGAAUUCUACGGGAUUGCUAUGAAUCCUUCGCCAUGUAUUGCUUUGGGAGGUACCUUGUUGCUUGCUUGGGUGGAGAAGAAAGAGCAGUCGAGUUCAUGGAGAGACAAGGGCGAGCAAGCACGAAGACUCCACUUUUAGAACAUGCUCAUGAGAAGGGAACCGUUAAGCACCCUUUUCCAAUGAAGUAUUUCUUAAAGCCAUGGAGGCUUGGCCGGUGGUUCUAUCAAGUUGUGAAGUUUGGUAUUGUUCAAUAUAUGAUCAUUAAGGCUUUCACUUCGAUUUCAGCUGUAGUUCUCGAGGCCUUUGGAGUCUACUGUGAAGGCGAGUUCAAAUGGAACUGUGGGUACCCUUACCUGGCAGUAGUUCUAAACUUUAGCCAGUCGUGGGCUCUCUACUGUUUAGUGCAAUUCUACACCGCAACAAAGCAGGAGCUGGCCCACAUAAACCCGUUGUAUAAAUUCCUAACCUUCAAAUCAAUCGUGUUUCUGACUUGGUGGCAAGGAGUCACGAUCGCUCUUCUCUCCUCCCUCAAUUUGUUCCGAGGUCCCAUUGCUCAAGCCUUGGAAUUCAAGUCAAGUGUGCAGGACUUCAUAAUCUGUGUUGAGAUGGGCAUUGCUUCGGCUGUUCAUCUAUAUGUUUUCCCAGCAAAGCCAUAUGCACUGAUGGGAGAUCGUUUCACCGGAACAAUCUCUGUCCUUGGAGAUUAUGCAUCAGUGGAUUGCCCUAUAGAUCCCGACGAGGUCAGGGACAGCGAGCGCCCUACAAAACUACGCCUCCCCCAGCCUGAUGAAGAUAUCAGGAGCGGGAUGACACUGAAAGAAAGUGUUCGGGAUGUGGUUGUUGGUGGCGGUGGAUUUAUAGUAAACGACGUUAAGUUCACAGUAAACCAGGCAGUGGAGCCAGUGGAGAAGGGAAUCACGAAAUUCAACGAGAAAUUACACAAGAUCUCCGAGAAUAUGAGGAAGCACGACAAGGAUAAGAAGAGAACGAAGGACGACAGUUGUUUAUUAUCGACCUCGCGGAGAGUCAUUCGUGAAAAUCACAACCGCUGUCGCCGCACACUCUGUUUCCACGGCGAGGUUCCAGCGAAGAUGGCCCCUAAGAAGAAGGAAGCAGCAAAAGGACAAGUCAUCGGGAUCGACCUAGGGACGACCUACUCAUGCGUCGCCGUCGCUCGAAACGGCACGGUGGAGAUCAUAGCCAACGACCAAGGCAACCGAACCACACCUUCCUCCGUGGCCUUCGCGGCCGCCGAUUCCGAGCGCCUCGUCGGGGAAGCCGCCAAGAAUCAGGCGUCACUCAACCCUCGCCGGACAAUCUUCGACGCCAAGCGCCUGAUCGGUAAAAAAUUCGACGACCCAGAGGUUCAGAGGGACCUGAGGUACUUACCGUAUCCGGUCGUCAGCAGAGGAGGGAACCCAUACAUUGAAAUCGAAGUAGUGAAAACAGAGGAAGGCGGCGGGGGAGGAUUAAUCAAAAAAGGGUUCGCACCUGAAGAGAUCAGCGCCAUGAUUUUGGGGAAGAUGAAGGAAACUGCUGAAUCUUACCUCGGCGAGCCGGUGAAGGGCGCGGUUGUCACGGUGCCGGCUUAUUUCAACGAUAUGCAGAGGCAAGCCACAAAGGACGCCGGCAGAAUCGCAGGGCUAAACGUCCUCCGAAUCAUCAACGAGCCGACCGCGGCGGCGAUUGCCUACGGUCUCAAUAACCUAAACCGGAAGAGGAAGAAAACCAAGAGGAAGAUUCUGGUGUACGAUUUGGGGGGCGGGACGUUUGAUGUCAGUGUAUUGGAAGUGGAUGGCAAGGAGUUCCGUGUAUUGGCUACCGGCGGUGACACUCAUCUCGGCGGCGGGGAUUUCGACCAGAGAGUGAUGGAAUACUUCAUCAAAUUAAUCAAGAGAAAGCACGGUAACGAGGACAACAUCGGUGAAGAUAAGAGGGCACUAGGGAAGCUCCGAAAGGAAUGCGAGAGAGCCAAAAGGGCGCUGAGCAAUCAGAACCAGGUUCGGGUCGAGAUCGAGUCCCUGUUUCAGGGGAUGGAUUUCUCGGAGCCUCUGACGCGGGCGAAAUUCGAGGAAUUGAAUCUGGAUCUGUUCAAGAAGACGCUGCUGGUGGUGGAGGCGACGCUGAAGGAUGCCAAGUUGGGGAAGAGCGAGAUUGAGGAGGUUGUACUGGUGGGAGGAAGCACCAGGAUUCCGAAGCUGAGGGAGAUGCUGAAGGAGAUGUUUGGUGGGAAGGAACCCUGCAAAGGGGUGAACCCUGAUGAAGCUGUGGCUUACGUUAUCCCAAGAAACACCCGUAUCCCGACAAAAAUGUCAAAGCAAUUCACCACGAAGAUUGACCAGCAACCCGAAAUUAAAAUCAAGGUAGUUCAAGGCGAAAGACCCCUGACCAAGGAUUGUAUCGAGCUUGGGAGCUUUGUUCUGUCCGGUAUCACCCCAGCUCCAAGGGGAGUCCCGAAGGUGGAGGAGACACUCGAAAUCGACGAGGAUGGAAUACUGAAAGUGACGGCGAGGGAGAAGAUCCCCGGAGCGGAGUCUCAGUCCCUGACCAUCGCCGACUACAAAGGAGGCUUGACCCAGCAGGAGAUUGAGAGGAUGAUCAAAGAAGCAGAGGAGAUGGCAGAGAAAGACAAGACUGCCAAGGCACGUGUGGAUGCCAUGGACAAGUUGGAGCGUUACAUCUAUGAUGUCAAGAAGGCCAUUCUUAGUGGCGAUGGGCUGCUGCAUCAGGUGGGUGAUAAGAAGAUAAAGGUGGAGAUCUCUUCCGUGGGAGAAGCUUCGGGUUGGCUGGAGAAGAACCAAGGCGCUACCAGAGAGGAUUACGAGAAGAAGCUGAACGAGCUGAGAGGCAUUUGGGAUCCUAUUCUAACCAAUGCCAAGAAGAAAUCGUGAAAUUCUGCUUCUAAAUUCUAGCUUAGGUACUCUGUUUCUAUUUUACUGUCCUUCCUUUUGCAGGGCCACUGACUAAAGCCCUUUGAUUUGGGGAAUACUUUUUGUGGUGGUUUUCUAUGUUUCGGACGAACUUUUGCGGUGAUCGAGCAGGAACCCAGGAACUGGUGAUGGGAAAUACAGAGUUUAGAAUUACAAA